AUUGUGUGUGUUUGUUAGCUGAAAAACUUUGAUGAGCUGCCCUGAGAGAGCUCAGCCACAGGGAGCAAGUUGUUGGUAGAUUCCAAGAUACUUAAUGCCUAGUUAGGGGAGGCAGUGAAUUGCAGUGCAGACACAGUGAACGAGUAUCUCUUUAUAGUAAGGAGAAGCAGCAGCAGCUUGGAAACCCAUGGACUCCUUGAACUGCCUUUGAUGGCCAACCUCAAACUGAGAAGUCAGUUGUUCGUAUCUGGACCCACUGUCACAUCUUGCCAGUUCCCUGAAUUAUUGAUGACUCCUGAACACAUGAUGAGAAGAAGCUGUCAAAGUUAAACUGGCUGUUCUUCAGUUAUCUCUUUUGUAAGAGUGCAGCAUUUGUUCCUUAGCUUGCACAUAUCGAUCAUGGAAAAUCCUUAGACAAGCUUGUAGUUAAAGAACGAGGAAGAGUGUGGAUCUAUCAGCCCCCAUACCCUCUGCAUCAUUUAAGCAAAGGCUUAUGGCUUGAAGGUAGGAAGAUUGAAACUGGGUAGAACAAGUAAGCAUGAUGGCCGGAGUAACUUCACAUUUUUAAAGGACCAAAGCAGACAAGGGCCUUCAGAACUUCAUGGAUAACCAGAAUCUGACCACGUACAAUGAUGAAAUUAACAAUGGAACCAAUGCCACUGCAUUUGAUGAACAGGGUCACUACAAUUACUACGCCAUGCUUCUUACGCUUCUUAUAUUCGUCAUUGUUUUCGGGAAUGUUUUGGUUUGCAUGGCGGUUUCUAGAGAAAAGGCUUUACAGACCACGACCAAUUACCUGAUUGUAAGCUUGGCCGUGGCAGAUCUGUUGGUGGCAACUCUGGUCAUGCCAUGGGUGGUAUAUUUGGAGGUGGUUGGCGAGUGGAGGUUUAGUCGCAUUCACUGUGAUAUCUUUGUCACCCUUGAUGUUAUGAUGUGUACAGCCAGUAUCCUUAAUCUCUGUGCCAUCAGCAUUGACAGGUACACAGCUGUGGCAAUGCCAAUGCUCUACAACACCCGCUACAGUUCCAAACGUAGAGUGACGGUUAUGAUUGCCGUAGUAUGGGUCCUGUCUUUUGCCAUCUCUUGUCCUCUUAUGUUUGGUCUGAACAAUACAGAUUCCUUGGAGUGUGUCAUCAAAAACCCAGCAUUUGUCAUCUAUUCAUCUGUUGUUUCCUUCUAUGUACCAUUUAUUGUCACACUCCUGGUCUAUGUCCAGAUUUAUAUUGUACUACAGAAGCGCAGGAAGAGGGUCAACACCAAACGCAACAGUCACGGCUUGGAUAAAGAAGGGCAUAAGGACAAAUGCACUCACCCAGAAGAUGUGAAGCUGUGUGCUGUCUUCGUAAAAUCCAAUGGGAAUUUUCCAGCUAAUAAAAAGAAAGUGGAGGCUGGAACCCACCCAGAGGAGAUGGAUGUGGAGAUGAUGUCAAGCACAUCUCCACCAGAAAAAUCAAAACACAAGUCAGCUUCUCCCAACCAUCAACAGCUAGAUGUUCCGGUGGCUUCUGACCCGUGCAACAAUGUCAACUUACCUUCUCCGGCUGAGAGUCCGCACAAGGCAGAAAAGAACGGGCAGCCAAAAGACACUGCAAAGCCAACUAAGGCAUUUGAAAUCCAAUCAAUGCCAAAUGGGAAAACAAGGACAUCCCUUAAAACUUUAAGUAAGAGAAAAUUAUCACAACAAAAGGAAAAGAAAGCCACACAGAUGUUAGCCAUUGUGCUAGGCGUAUUCAUUAUAUGCUGGCUUCCAUUCUUUAUUACCCACAUCUUAAAUAUACAUUGCAAUAUACCACUGACCAUGUAUAACGCUUUCACCUGGCUUGGUUAUGUCAACAGUGCGGUCAACCCAAUUAUUUAUACAACAUUCAACAUUGAAUUCAGAAAGGCCUUCAUAAAAAUUCUGCACUGCUAAAAUACAUACUGUCUUCUGGGAUAACGAGAACUUUGAACUGAAACAGGAAAACACUGCUUUCCUUUGUGCUAAUCCAUGUAGAAUGCCACGCUCACACUCCUGUAGCAGCCGGACACAGUACGUGUUUGGUAAAUGAGCAGUAGGAGGUCAUCAUAUCCAUUGGAGAUCAGCGGCAAUCAGUAUUCAGGAACAUCGUAACCGCCAUUCAGAAAAGAAAUGGAUUGUGGACACGUGUCAUACCUUACUACCAAGGCAGCUAUAGGAAAUGGUGAGGUGAGUCUUAGAGGUAUAAGGACUCGCUUCCAACCCACUUUCACAAGAGAAAAAUGGGAUUCAGCUUUUGCUGAACGUAUAGAGAAAUUAUUUGCAGUUUCGCCAAAGACAGUGCCAUUUUCAUCUCUUCUUCCCAAAGCAGAAGGGAUGAAACCUACUAUUUACAGGGACUAUGCUCUGAAUCAGGGCACUGGGGCUUUUUUUCUUGAAAUGCAAAACCCUCCACAAGUUGUGACUGCGUGUUUCUUGGGCUCUUCUUGCUCUGGUGGUGAGCUCCAGUAUUCCUGGUGGUGAGGUGUUCCUAAGCAAUGUUUAAUGCAACUUGGAGAACAAUGCAGAAUUAUCAUUAUAUUAAAAAAAAAGUGUGUAUAUAUACAUGAAGAAUGAUAUGAAAGAAGCCCAAAGCCAAAAAAAUAUAUAUAGAUAUUAAACCUGUCUUGCAUGUGUGGUACAUAUAAAAUCAGCGUUGUCACACCAUGUCCUAUCAAGGAAUAUAACACGUACCACUCUUCAUAACAUGGACCUGUUCCUGCUACGGACCUAGAAUGCCUUGGCAAUUAAUUUCACAUCAAUGAAAGUAUCGUCAAAUUUAAAGUCUAAUGGCAUUUUUCUCUAUUGUAAUUGCUUAAGAAACACUGAAGAGUUGGCAACGCCUUGUAGCUUCUGCUUUUUGCCAGUUGUAUUGGCUAAAACAAUUGUUUCUAAAUGUGCCAUUAUGCUUACAGUGUAUUUCAAAUAAUGAUUCAUUUGUUCAAACAGCCUUUAUUAAAGCACUUUACAAAUUA